CCGAAUCUUGUCCAAACCGAACUCCGACUAAAACUGGCGUUUAGGGAGAAAUGGAUAGAAUGGAUAUAUUUCACAAGUUCUUUCUAGUGGCGCGACGGGAAGACAACGCUAGCUACGGAGGCCUUUGUCAGCGACCACUACCUCACCAACCCCGAAUUCUCGACCUUGGAUGCGGAACUGGUAUUUGGGUGAUCGAUAUGGCUGAUCGCCAUCAAGGACGAGCUAAUAUCCUUGGCUGGGACCUUUCCUUGAUACAACCUCUUAGGAUUCCGCCUGGCGUCGAGUUCCAACGGUGCGAUAUCGAGGAACCUUGGUCCGGUGUUGAAGAGUCUUCUUUCGAUCUUAUCCACAUGAAAAUGCUUGCUGGCUCUAUAGAAAAUUGGGUAUCUUUGUACAGCCAGGCACUGAGAUAUCUCAAGCCCGAGACGGGAGUGCUUGAACAUGUAGAGAUCGAUUUCACGCCCAAGUGCGAGGACGGAGAAUUGCCCGAAGAUUCUCACCUCAAAAUUUGGGCACAUGAACUAACCGUAGCGAUGGAGAGAGCUGGACGGCCUAUAACGGUGAACCCUCAUACUGUUGGGUUGUUGGAACGUCUUGGCUACGUUGACGUUAAGCAAGUUAGCAAGCGGGUUCCGUUCAAUUCUUGGCCCCCAGAUGAGCAUGAACGGGAGAUGGGCAAAUGGUUUAACCUCGGUAUUACACAAGGACUACACGCCCUAUCAAUAGCUCCUUUAACCAGAAUGAACGGCUACGAUCCGGAACAAGUUUCGAAUCUAGUAGGUAAAGUGCGGAAGGAAAUGUGCUCCCGUGGAAUGAGAUCUUACUGCACCAUGUACAUUUGGACAGCACGAAGGCCAUCUAUCCCCGGCCAACGAGCGUGAGCAAUUCUUCGGUCCCCUGCAACGCAACCAUUGGACCGGUAUCUACCUACACGCCACCAGAACCAAGCUCCCGUUAUAUGAUCUCCGAGGCUACAGCCCACCUUGGACGUCUAUGGCGCUUGCAGAAAAGACCUAUCACUUCCUCUAUGCAGGCUCUCCCGC